AUGACCAUAGUCUCCAAUGAUCCCACUUGGUGGCCGACCAUCAGUGCGUAUCAUUUUUCCAGCUAUUUUGCAGUUGCCACCUUCGCUGGAGUAACAUAUGAUUGGGCACUUACAUUUGGACAAGAGGUCGAAUUGGUCUGGAGACAACGGUGGUCGCUCAUGACAGUGCUGUAUCUCAGUGUGCGCUACCUUGGAAUGCUAGUUGCUGCUCUGUACAUGGUUGGCAAUCUUCCGACGAUCUCGCUGACAGAUACACAGUGGGUGUGUCCACUGAUGGCUGCCACGCUAUACUACCAAAGAUGCUGGAUGAUGUACACUAUAUGGGAUUGGACGGGUAUUGUGGUAUUUGCGAUGCUGUGGGUCAUCAUCAUCACUCGGUUGCAUGCCAUGUAUCAACGAGCCAGAAAGAUCCUGAUAUCUCUCAUUGUCACCUUCCUGAUUGCCAACAUUUUCGACGGAGUGAUAGGCGUAAUGACAACGAUGCAUUCUUCAGGGGAGGAAUUCAUUCUUUCUGGCACUUAUCAGUGCCAGAUUAACUGUGCGGAAAACAUCCCACUUUUGAUUUCCGUUUCUUGGAUACUCGGAAUUGCGUGGGAGGUCCUCGCACUGUGUCUCGCAGUCUGGAUUGCGGUAAAACACUUCCGUGAAGUGCGACAACAUUCAACGGGAGGGAUUCUUGAGGACUGUUUCGCGGUGUUGGUGAAAACUCAUGUACUUUACUUUGCGAGCUUUGUGGCUGUUUCUUGCUUCGAGCUCGUUAUUGAUUUCUCUCCAACGGACCAAAAUUCGCAAGAAAAUCAGACUGUUAAUGGCCUGGUUCAGAUUUUCUCGGUCGUGCAGACAUUCGUGCUGGGACCACGCCUGAUCCUUGGCAUUCGAGAAUACCAUGCUAAGCUCGUGACCGAUGCCGACGCAGCAACUGGUAUGACUUCAAUCGCUUUCCAGAAGCGUGUGCAUAUAUCGACUGGCAGUAGUGUAUAA